AUGACAGACGUUAAGGUGACAAAAAAGAUAAGAGCUAAAGUGAGGUGCGUGGAAAUGAGCAUGCAGGAAACGCUUCAUUUCAUAUCGGAGGUGAAACUGCACAGUUGCUUGUGGGACCAUACACAUGAACACUAUAAGAACAAGCAUGCCCGCGAUAAAGCAUGGGAAUCGCUUUCCAUCAGCAUGGGACACAAUGCAGACGAUCUGUUUGCCAAAUGGAGUUCGCUCCGAUCGUCACUGAGGCAGUACAGAUCCGCUGUUAAGAAGAGAGCAAAAAAUGGAGAUCCCGAUGCGCUGCAAGUCGUUAAGUGGCCUUACUAUUCUGCGCUGAGUUUUGCAAAUACGCCCGGUGAAGAUGACGAACCACCAGCAAUAUCCUUACCAACAAAACUUGUACCGGAAGAUUCGAAUCAAGCACGUUUGAUAAUAAGGCCAUCAGUUCAACGACCUAACGUACAUCCUUCCACACCAAAUGGUGAAAAAGAAAAACACUUUCCAUCAAAAACUGAACGUCCUCCAGCGCUGGUGAAGAAACGGAAGAUUCUAGAGCCCUCCAGUCAUACGAGCUUUAAGCCGAUACCAUCUGCCGCAGCGAACUCAACUACCUCAAUGAAUGGGCUUGAACGUUCGCUUCCAAACAAUUCCACCUCGUCAAAGGAACCGGAAUUCAUUGCUAUAAAAGUGGAAGCACUUUCAAACCCACCCUCACCGGUUGAGCAAACGUUUUGUGAAGAUGUACCCGGUUGUAGCGCGCGGAACAUGAAAGACGAUGAUGAAGUUUAUGGGCAUAGUAUCGCGCUGCAGAUGAAACAAUUUUCCCCGCGUACCAAACGGAAACUUCGGAUCCAAAUUCAGGAACUCAUUGCCGCAACACAGAAGCAAGCGUUUGAAAAAGAUUUCGGUUUCGCUUAUGACAGUUAG